AUGGCUGGUAAAAUUGGAGAAGUGUUGAAUCGGUUGGAUCAAAUGGCUAUUGAAGUGGCGAAUUUCAAUGUCCGACAGAACCAGCUGGAAGCAGUGAACGAACAUGCAUUUCGGGAACUGAAGGAAGCCAUUGCAGCUGCUCCGAGCUCCAGCAGCGGCAAAGAGGUGACAGUAAAUGAGCUAACUCGAGGGGAACUUUACUCACCCACCGAUGGGCCCUUGCAUCUGGCGGGUUCAACUGCAAGGGAUUUCAGAACUGGUGGUACCAGGUGGAGCAAUUUGUUUUCAAUGGAUGAAGUUCCACACAAUCAGAAGGUUGCAGUUGCUUCCAUGCACCUGGAUGACUUGGCAUUACAGUGGCACAGAGCUUAUAUGAGGAGCAGGGUACCCCUUAAUCUUUCAAUUCCGAGUUGGGAGGAGUACAUUUGGGCAUUGUCCGAUAGGUUUGGCGCAAAAUUUGAUGAUCCUAUGAGUGAAUUGGUUAAGUUGAAGCAAACGGGAGGGGUAGCAGAGUUUCAAGAGUUGUUUGAUAGAGCUAUGACUAGGCUCAAUUUGGAACCUAACUAUGCCAUCAGUAUAUUCCUAGAGGGGUUGAAGCCAGAACUGGGAGAUGUUGUGAGGAUAUUGAAACCAUAUUCCCUGCCACAAGCCUAUCAUUUGGCUCAGUUACAGGAGUCAAUCUUUAUUAAACGAUCCAAAGCGUUGAAAACCUCCAUUUUACAGUCAUCUAAUAUCUUCAAUAAAACCCAUACUGCAUCACAGCAACCCACCUAUGCCAAACCUGUAAGGACACCUGUUAACCAUUUACCAAAACAUGCCCAGAAUACAGUCCUUGAUAGGACUAAGAGGAGGAGACUCACCCCUACAGAAUUGAGUGAGAGGAGAGCUAGGGGUUGUGCUAUGUCAGUGAUGAAAAAGGAAGUGGAGACAGUGGUGGAAACUGAGGAGGAGUUGUUUAACAUGGAAGAGGUUGCAGAGAUGUGUGAGAUCUCAAUUCAUGCGCUUCAUGGCACCACAGGUUACAAGACAUUAAGACUCCCUGGUCACUGUCCACUCAAUAUCCUUAUUGAUACAGGGUCAACUCAUAACUACAUUGACAAGGAUUUGGUGACUAAAAUGGGCCGGAAGGUGGAUUCAUGUGAAUUACUUGAUGCUAAUUUAGCUGAUGGAAACACAGUACCAAUCUCAAGAGUGUGCAAGGGAAUUGAGUGGUUGUUGCAAGGUUCUGUGUUUAGAGCAGACUUUCUUUUGCUUCCUUUGGGAACUUGUGAUGUAGUGUUGGGGGUCCAGUGGUUAAGUGAUUUGGGCGACAUUUUGUUCAAUUUUAAGAAACUGACUAUGCAAUUCGAAUAUGAAGGGAAGAUGUUACUCUUACAAGGGAUUAGACCCAAACUACAGAUGGUGGAGUCAGAUGCCUUGCAGAAAAUACAAAGGGAAUGUGCCCAACUAUUUAUGAUUAAGGUGGUUACAAGGAAUGCACAAGAGAAGCACAAGGAGGGACAGGAGCCGAUUCUAGGCAAUGAACCUGUUGAGAUUCAACCUGUUGAGAUUCAGCAGGUUUUGCAUGAGUUUGAGGCAGUCUUCAGUGAACCAAAGGGGUUGCCCCCUUUCAGGGAACUUUUUGAUCAUCACAUUCCAUUCAAAGAAGGGACCAAUCCAGUAAAUGCAAGGCCCUACAGGUAUUCUCUAGUGCAAAAGGAUGUUAUUGAAAAAAUGGUGCACGAAUUACAAUCUCAGGGCUUAAUACAACAUAGUAGUAGUCCAUUUGCUUCUCCAGCUGUAUUGGUAGGGAAGAAGGAUGGCAGUUGGAGAUUAUGUGUGGAUUACAGAGCUUUAAACCAGAUUACAAUUAAAGACAAGUACCCUAUACCUAUCAUUGAGGAGCUGUUGGAUGAAUUGGGGGGUUCACAGGUGUAUUCUAAGAUUGAUCUUAGAUCAGGCUAUCACCAAAUUAGGAUGGCACCCUCAGACAUUCACAAGACAGCUUUCAGGACCCAUUCAGGUCAUUAUGAGUAUUUGCUGAUGUUAUUUGGCUUAACCAAUGCUCCCUCUAGUUUUCAAGGCUUGAUGAACCGCAUUUUUCAAGAGCAUUUAAGGAAGUUUAUCUUAGCGUUCUUUGACAAUAUACUGGUUUUUAGCAAGACUAUGCAGGAUCAUGUGGAUCACUUAAAGGAGACCUUUAGGUUGUUGAUGAGGCACCAUCUCUUUGCCAGGAAAUCUAAAUGUCAUUUUGCUACAACAAGUGUGGAAUAUCUGGGACAUUAUAACUCUGGCAAGGGGGUCUCUACUGAUCCUAAUAAGAUCGAGGCAAGAGAUAGUUUCAAGUGGACUGGGAAGGCAACUGCAGCUUUUCAGUCAUUGAAAAAUGCUCUAACCACUGCACCAGUGUUAGCUCUGCCAGAUUUCAGCUUGGUAUUUACAGUCGAAGCUGAUGCAUGUGAUGUGGGAAUUGGAGCUGUGAUAUUGCAGAAGGGCCAACCUAUCGCAUAA